CGGCGCUGAUCAGCUGAGCGGGAGUGUAUAUAAAGAGCUGAUCUGAGGCUUUCCGCUCAGCUGUUGUGUGAGCGUCAUUGUUUACCUGAGCACGACUGAAGACUUCAAGUUUCCAGAGCAGUUUGUUUUGCCUCAAUAAGCCAUCGCAAGACUACAGCCAACAUGGAUAUAACUAUCACUCUGCUGGGGGAGUCCCACACCGUGAGGGUGAACCCACAGGACACAGUUGGCUCUCUGAAAAUAAAAAUCCAGAGCAUGCUGGGAGUCGACCCCCAGAGGCAGAGGCUGGUUUUCAUAAACGGCCAGAAGACCCCUCUCAACGACGACUCCAAACCCAUCAGCUACUACGGCUUACAGCACGGCUCCCAGGUGUCCCUGCUGGUCACCGAGCCUCCGCCUGCUCCCACCCAGGUGUUCCUCAGAAAUGAAAAGGGACAGCUGAGCACCUACGACAUCAAGCUCGACGAGACUGUGAGCAACUUCAAGAACAGAGUCGAGAAAAGAGAGGGGGUGCCAGCGAGCCAGCAGAGGCUCAUUCACCAAGGCCGGGAGAUGCAGGGUGGCAAACUGGAGGACUACAACGUCAGAAACCACAGCACCAUCGACCUGACUUUACGUCUGAGAGGAGGCUGAGGACACUUUAACAUGAUUCUUACACCAGAAAGCCCAUGUAUGUUAUUUAAUUUUAAUGAUAUCGACCAAUCUUGUAUAUAUUUUUUAAUUUAUUAGUGCUUUUAUUCUGAAAAAAACAACAACAUUCCUCCAGAUUGCACCGUCUGUGUUAAUUAACCAUUCUGUGUUAAAGGUUGUGUAUAAGUCAUACAAACCACUGUGUUAUGGAUUCUGUCAUGACAAAUUCAUGUUAACUGGACUAAAUCCAAAAAAUAAAGUUUCUAACGGAA